CUAUUGGCCAAUUGCUGUGUGAAAGAGGUGUAUCCUUUCCUAUUUAUUCUACACUUGGUACCGGGGCUAGGCUCGUCUGACGCAGAUCACCUCUCUCUCCGGUCCAGUUUCAAGGAGUCUUCAAGGAUUUAGCAAACAAAGAUGGCGAAAGAUGUCCCACGCGAGCCGGAGCAGCUUCGCAAGCUGUUCAUUGGAGGUUUGAGCUUCGAGACGACAGAUGAAAGCCUGCGGGCUCAUUUUGAACAAUGGGGCAGCCUUACAGAUUGCGUGGUGAUGAGGGAUCCCAACAGCAAGAGAUCCAGGGGUUUCGGUUUUGUUACAUACUCAUCAGUACAGGAGGUUGAUGCUGCAAUGUCUGCACGCCCCCAUAAGGUUGAUGGAAGAGUUGUUGAACCUAAACGAGCCGUUUCCCGGGAGGACUCAAACCGACCAGGUGCCCACGUAACGGUGAAAAAGAUCUUUGUUGGAGGAAUUAAGGAAGAUACAGAGGAGUCACACCUGCGAGAUUACUUCCAGCAGUUUGGCAAAAUUGAGGUCAUUGACAUCAUGACAGAUCGCAAUACUGGAAAGAAAAGGGGCUUUGCCUUCGUGACCUUUGAUGACCACGAUGCAGUCGACAGGAUCGUCAUCCAGAAAUACCACACAAUCAACUCCCACAACUGUGAAGUAAGGAAGGCCCUCACAAGACAGGAAAUGCAGACUGCAGGAAUGGGUAUGAGAGGAGGUCGCAGCAGCGGUGGUGGUGGAAGGCCGUACGACUACGACAGGGGCUUCAAUCAGGGUGGCAGGGGUAGAUAUGGAGAUGGUCCUUACAAUUGCAAUGGAGGUGGAGGUGAUGGUGGAUAUGGAGGUGGUCCUGGAGGUCCCGGUGGAUAUAAUAAUGGUGGCAACCGGGGAUAUAACCAAGGUUACAACCAGGGUGGUGGUGGCGGCGGAGGAGGCGGUGGCUACGGAGGAAACGGUUAUGACAGCAACGGUUAUGGUAACUGCGGCGGCGGAGGUGGUGGUGGCGGCAAUAACUACAACAACAUGGGCCACUACGACCCCCAGGCCUCCAACUUUGGCCCCAUGAAGAACAACUUUGGCGGCGGAGGCGGUGGUGGCGGCAGGAACUUCGGUGGCUAUGGAAGUGGCUCAAACAACGGUGGCGGAUAUGGCCGUGCAGGACGAUUUUGAAAUGUGAAGUGGACUGAGUACUUAGGAGAGGAGAGCAAGGAGAGGAGAGCAAGCGAAGUGACAGGGCAGCUGUGACAGGGCAGCUCCUAAAUCUGCUCAGCCAAACAGUUGUGGCAGGUUACAGCUGCUGGAAGAAGAGAUGUACAGUAGAUAAAUCAUGGAGGGUCUUCAUUUAAACGUUUUGUGUUUUUUUUCAUCGCAAUGUGUUUCUGGAAACUAAGCAUUCCAAUGAGGUUUUAUGUAGAUUUUUCUUUAAGUCUGGUUUUAUUUGUAACUGCAUCAAAUCAAGCUGAAAUAAACCAUCCUUCAGUUUUUUUUAAAAA